AAUUAAGACGUCAUCGGCGUAGCCUUCUUGAUUGCAUUCCUACAAUCGAAGUUGUUUGCUUACUUUAUCAAUUAAUUUAAAAAAAAAACCAAGUACAAAAUACAAAGUUCGUUAUUAGCCACAACUUGUACGGUAAAGUAGUGUUGAUUACAGUUUAAUUUGCUUUAACAGAAAACAAUGUUUCGCCAGGUUAGCAAAUUGACAGUUUUUAAACAGUCUGUAAGACAUUUUUCGAAGACUCCUUUAGCAUGCUCGGCUGGAAAAUACCCCAACGGAUUUAAUUUUGAACUUAAUGACACUCAAAAAGAGAUCCAAGAGUUAGCAAGGAUAUUUGUACGCGAGGAAAUUAUUCCUGUUGCAGCUGAACAUGAUCGCACUGGAAAAUAUCCAUGGGAAAUUAUUAAGAAAGCAUGGGCAUUAGGUUUAACAAAUAAUCAUAUUCCAGCUCAUGUUGGUGGUAUGGAAGGAAGUGUUUUUGAUGGGUGUCUUGUAGCUGAAGAAUUAGGAUAUGGUUGCACAGGAAUUAUGACAGCUUUAGAAGCCAGUGGAUUAGGACAAACUCCAGUUGUUUUAGCUGGAAAUAAAGAGCAACAAAAGAAAUAUUUAGGAAGACUGUUAGAAGAACCCAUUGUAGCUGCUUAUGGUGUAACUGAACCAGGAGCUGGUUCAGAUGUAAAUGGUGUCAAAACGAAAGCAGUGAAGAAAGGUAAAGAAUGGAUUUUAAAUGGGCAAAAAAUGUGGAUUACUAAUGGUGGAGUAGCUAAUUGGUACUUUGUUCUUGCAAGAACAAAUCCAGAUCCAAAAGCACCCGCAAGUAAUGCUUUUACUGGAUUUAUUGUAGAAAGGGAAUGGGAAGGUGUUAAUCCAGGCAGAAAAGAAAUAAACAUGGGACAAAGAGCUUCAGAUACAAGAGGAAUUACUUUUGAAGAUGUCAGAAUCCCUGAAGAAAAUGUUUUAAUCGGUGAAGGAGCUGGAUUUAAAAUCGCUAUGAUGACUUUCGAUAAAACCAGACCUCCAGUUGCUGCUGGUGCUGUAGGAUUAGCAAGACGUUGUUUAGAUGAAGCAACACGUUACGCAUUAGAACGUAAAACAUUUGGUGUCCCAAUUGCGGCUCAUCAAGCCGUUUCGUUUCUUUUAGCCGACAUGGCAAUAGGAGUUGAUACUGCGAGAUUAAGCUACCAAAAAGCUGCUUGGGAAACUGAUAAUGGAAUUAAAAACACCUUACAAGCAUCGAUUGCUAAAUGUUACGCCGCGGAUGUUGCGAAUAAAUGCGCCACAGAUGCAGUCCAAGUGUUUGGAGGAAACGGAUUUAACAGCGAAUAUCCUGUCGAAAAAUUAAUGAGGGAUGCUAAGAUUUACCAAAUUUAUGAAGGAACAGCUCAAAUUCAAAGACUUAUUGUGUCCAGAGAAAUUAUUGGAAGAGCAAAACAACAAUUGAGUUAAUUUUGAUACGAUGAAGAAGGAUUAGAUGAGGUUUAUAUUUUUUUAAAUAAAUUUUUUGAUGUAUUUUUAUGAUGAUAUACAAAAUGCGGUUUCAUUGUAUGUUGAUAUUAAUUGAAUCCUAAGAAUCUAAUUAAAAUAGUGAUUCAAUUUAAUAUUAAAAAUAAAGCCAAUAAAUUUUUUAAAUCAA